AAUUUUAGUUUGGAUAGAAAAUAGAAAAUUUGUUAGGUGACAUAAUAUGUAACAAAAAUAUAUUAACUAUAAUUUUAUUUAAUUUUAAAUUAAAACUAUAAAAGAAGUUCUAGUUUUGUAUUUAUUCAAGAAGAUAAGUUUAUAAUAGUACACAUAUCUACUAUAAUUGUUAUUUAGUGGGUUGUUGGUUAUUUGAACGGUGAGAAUAAAUAUUCAGUUAUACCACAUAACUGGCUUAUUCAAUGUGGUACAAUGUGGAUAUCAAGAUGGCCAAAAAUUGGUAAUGUUAGAAGCAUGAUUUCUGAAUAUGCUGACACAGAAAAUGAUUGGCCAAAAUAUCCUGUCAAAAUCGUUUCACAGUUUUACAACACUUAUGAUGAUGCUGCUAUAAAAGAAAAAGAAAUUUUUUUAUCAGCUUCAGCAUCAGAAACUGAAUAUGAUGGAGAUUAUCGUAACAAUAGUUAUAAAAAGCAAAAAACAUUAUGUAACAUUGCUCAAGACGGGAAUGACAGCUCAAACAGCAGUACUUCCAGUACUCCAGUUAGCCCAAUAAAUAUAAAAACAGCAAUAAAAAAAAAAAAUUCCUAUGAAAACUUAAAUGUAGAGUCCACUAAAACGAAUACAGAAAAAUUCUAUCAAACUAUAUCUAAUGCUAUAAGUGGUUGUUAUGAACUGCAAGAAGAACAAUGUCAUGUAGAUAAUUUAACCUACCCUAGUCCGAGGUCAACUCCACCUCCUAAUGUACAGCAGAACGGUACCCACUUGCCCGCUUUUUUUAAUUUAAUACCCAUAAAAACUGUAGAAGGUUUGGAUGAAAUUGAAAACAAAAUAAAAGCAGAUAGUGAUUUUGAAAAAAAAGUGGCAAGUACUUAUAUAUAUUUUUUAUUAAUAUAAUUUAUAAUAUUAAUUUUAACUUGAAUUACAAUGUACGUUAUAGGUUACUUGCGUGACUCAAAUAGGAGGAUUAAAUGUUCAAAAUUUUAUCAAAAGAGUUUUUUCCAGAUUUUUCACUAAUUCAUUAGCUACCAAAUAUUCUUGGACUGGUUUCAGGAAUAACAACAAAUUAGAAACUUUAGAAAUUAUUAAAAUUAUAAAAGGUAAUUAUAGUUUUGUACAUGUAUUAUUAUAUCUUGUAUGUCUGUGUACACUGGGCAUUGUAAUAUUAUCUAGUGACAAAUU